UUUAAAAUUUUUUCAUAAUUUUUUUAUGAUUAGAUAUAAAUAUUGUUAUUUUGUGAGCAGAAAGCAAAGCAAAAGGGAAGAGUGUGGUAAACCUUCUCCUUCACUUUUCUCGUCGGAAUUUUCGCUAUUCCCUUUUUCCGAUCAUCCUAUUCGAUCCCAAUCACCAAACCCUACUUUUUCUAUUCUAUUCCAAAUGGAAGAUUACGGUAGCAGCGACGACGAUUAUCACUUCUCCGAUCAAGAAGAUUCCGAUGUCGAACUAAUCGAAAACGACGAUCGCAAUUUUGAAUUAGUCUCUUCUAAGACUCCUACUGCUCAGGUGAUUACGAAGGAAUCACUGAUAGCUGCACAGAAGGAGGAUUUGCGCAGAGUGAUGGACAUGCUUUCUGUGAAACAACAACAUGCACGUACGCUGCUUAUUUAUCAUCGUUGGGAUGUGGAAAAUUUGUUUGAAGUUUAUGUAGAAAGAGGGAAGGCGUUCAUGUUUGCUCAGGCUGGUGUUAGUGUGGAUGAAUGUCGUGACUCUGACUCAUCGGUUAGUGCGUUAGUAAUGUGUGAAAUCUGUAUGGACGAUGUUCCUAGUGAUGAAGCAACAAGAAUGGACUGUGGUCACUGCUUUUGCAACACCUGUUGGACACAACAUUUUUUUGUCAAGAUAAAUGAGGGUCAAAGUAAACGCAUCAGAUGCAUGGCUCACAAAUGUAAUUCCAUUUGUGAUGAAGCUGUCGUAAGAACCCUACUCAGUAGAGAGCACCCUGAUAUGGCAGAGAAAUAUGAACGGUUUCUUCUUGAAUCUUACAUCGAAGACAAUAAAAGAGUUAAAUGGUGUCCAAGCACACCACAUUGUGGGAAUGCAAUUCGUGCUGUGGGUGAUGACUUGUGUGAGGUAGAAUGUUCAUGCGGUGAACAAUUUUGUUUUAAUUGCUUGUCAGAAGCGCACUCCCCCUGUUCAUGUUUAAUGUGGAAACUUUGGGAAAAGAAGUGCCGGGAUGAAUCCGAAACUGUUAAUUGGAUAACAGUUCAUACAAAGCCUUGUCCAAAGUGCCACAAACCGGUGGAGAAGAAUGGUGGCUGUAAUUUGGUCGCCUGUAUUUGCGGUCAAGCAUUUUGUUGGUUGUGUGGUGGAGCUACCGGCCGGGAGCAUACCUGGUCAAGUAUAGCAGGUCAUAGCUGUGGUCGCUACAAAGAGCAAGAGAAAUCAGCUGAGCGGGCCAAGAGGGAUCUCUAUAGGUACAUGCAUUAUCAUAACCGAUAUAAAGCUCACACAGACUCCUUUAAGCUUGAAAGUAAACUGAAAGGUCUCAUACAAGGGAAGAUUACUGCUUCGGAAGAAAAAAGUGAACUCAGAGAUUAUAGCUGGGUGCAUAAUGGACUGUCCAAGCUUUUCAGAUCUAGGCGUGUCCUUUCACAUUCAUAUGCAUUUGCAUUUUAUAUGUUUGGAGAUGAGAUUUUUAAAGAAGAAAUGUCCGAUGCUGAAAGGGAAAUAAAACAGAACUUAUUUGAGGAUCAGCAGCAGCAGUUUGAAGCAAAUGUUGAAAGACUAUCUAAGAUUUUGGAGGAGCCUUUCGAAACCUUUGAUGAUGAUGCUAAGGUCAUGGCGAUAAGGAUGGAGAUAAUAAAUCUGUCAACACUUAUUGAUGGUCUUUGUAAAAAAAUGUAUGAGUGCAUUGAGAAUGAUUUAUUGGGAUCUAUUAGUCUUGGUAGUAUCCACAGUAUAGCACCAUAUAAAUCAAAGGGCAUAGAGAGGGCUUCAGAGCUUCCAGUUUGUUUUAGCAAUAAAGCCAACGAUACAGUUUGACUUUGUGGAUGCUCAGAAAUGUUACUGAGUGAAAAGGAUUCUUGUAUAUAUGCUGCAAGCGUAGGUGUAACAGCAGAGCUUAAUCAGUCAGAAGAGAGUGGAUGUUCUUCUCGUAAGCGAGCCCGAAAAGACGGUGGCUUUUUUGAUCUAAACUUGCCAGCUGAGUUUGUAGACAGAAAUUGACUUUGAAGGAGACGUUAUAUACAUAAAGGCGUACAGGUCUAACAUAAAUUGCUUUGCUGCUUUUGAUGGGAUGAAUCAACCAUUUUGGAUUUCACAUUCAUGCAGUUUACCUCUGCCCUCUUGCUUAUUAUUAUCUAUCUUUCAUCGAUGUCUCUGCCGAGAUAUGUUUCCAAAGAAAUUCGAUGUUCCUCAUCUCUACAUCAUCUUUUUUGCUUGUACAUAGCCUUGGGGUAACUUAUUUGCCGGUAGAUCAUAUAAAUGUCUACUUGGGUUUCUAGAAGACAAUUUUUAGGAUAAGUUUUUAUUUCUAUCUUAGUAUGGAGUUCUUUCUCUCUUUUUUUUUUUUUUUUUGCUACAUCGUUAGUAAUUAGUAUGGAGUUCAAGUGAAGGUAACUUCACUGAUUUUUUCUUUUUUGGUAACUUUCACAUAAUGGUAUUUGGUUUUUUUUUUUGACUCCUC